AUGAUUUUGAUGGAGGAUUCUUAUAAAUUCAAGCCAAAACCCUUUCACCACCACCGCCCUAUACGAAGCCUCCAUAAAUGCAACCCCGACUCCGUUAUCAUCUACUUCUUCCCAACGCCCAUUCAUUGGUUAAGUCCUAAAUACAUUCCACCACUUACUGCUUUGUCUUCUACCUCAAUCAAAUUGAGAGCCAGCGGCGUCGUAGAAAGAGAAUCCUUCACCGUUAGUGUCAUCAAAAUCAGAGCCGCCAGUGUUGUAGAAAGAGAAUUCACCAUCGCCAGGUCGCGACCUCUAAAGGUUUCUGGUUCGUCUCCAUCGCCAAUUCGGAAUCGUGUUCUUAGGUCACUCGAAAAGUACUCAUGGUUGGUGAAAUCAAAAUGUGAAAUCAUGUUCUUAGGUUGUAAAGGUGGCAGAUUUUGGGGUUGCCCGGUUUUGAGUCAAGGGGGAGUUAUGACAGUAGAGACUGGAACUUACAGAUGGAUGGCUCCUGAGGUUAUAAAUCAUCAACAAUAUGAUGAAAAGGCGACAUCGAAGUGGAAGCAAGAUCAGAAAGACCUGGGAGUGAAAGGGACAGGGAAAAGGGACUUGGUAGAGAGGUGUGUUGUUGCUAAACCUUGUGCUGAGUUUGUUCCUGGAGUACUUGCAAUAUGGUUAAAUGGAGGUGUAGCUGUUCCACUUGCACUCAGUUACCCUGAAGCUGAGUUGUUACAUGUCAUGACUGGCUCGGAUGUGUCCAUGAUUUUUAGUACUGAUGAUCACAGGGAGCUUAUGCAAAAAGUUGCAGCUAAAACUGCAGCUCAAUUUUCUCUAAUACCAAAUGUUCCUACUAUGACUUCACAAGCAGUAGAUAAUGGUGUUGUACAUCAAAAAGAGAAUGUAUUUGAAAAUAACAUAAAAGACGAUGAUCCAACAUUGAUUUUGUAUACUAGUGGAACAACUGGGAAACCUAAAGGAGUUGUUCAUACACAAAGUAGCAUUUUAGCAUAG